CGCCCCGGCUCCCGGUGAGCGGCGGACCUAGACUGCAGGCUGUAUGUGGAGCAGUGACCGGGGAUCCCGGGCAGUUAGCGGUCGCAGCCUUCGCCGCCAUGGCUUUCAUCCCGUGCCGGGUGCAGUACCUGGACGAUGUAGAUCCGUUCGUCUGCACCAACUUCCCGGAGCCGCGGAGACCCCCGGUGUAUAACUUCCCGGAGACCGCCCCGCUGAUCGAGCAGCUGCCCGCACUGUACAAACUGCUGGAGGCCCCGCUCAAGCUGGAGGAUUGCACCCUGCAGUUAUCUACCAACGGGAACUACCUGGACAUCGAGCUCUCCCUGGCCGAGCAGCGCGACUACCUGGAAGCCUUCUUUGAAGACAUAAGCAAAGGCAGACGACCGACGCUGAUCCUGCGGACGCAGCUGUCAGUGCGAGUCCACGCCAUUCUAGAAAAGUUAUACAACUCCAAUGGCCCCGAGUUACGGAGGUCGCUCUUCUCACUCAAGCAGCUUUUCCAGGAAGACAAAGAUCUGGUGCCGGAGUUUGUGAAUUCAGAGGGGUUGACAUGUCUCAUCAAGGUUGGGGCUGAGGCCGACCAGAACUACCAAAAUUACAUCCUCCGAGCUCUCAGUCAGAUCAUGCUCUUUGUGGAUGGUAUGAAUGGCGUGAUAAAUCACAAUGAGACGGUCCAGUGGCUGUACACACUCUGCGGCAGUCCGUACCGCCUGGUGGUGAAGACCGCCCUCAAACUGCUGAUUGUAUUUGUGGAGUACACAGAAUCCAAUGCCCUUCUCCUGAUCAGAGCCGUGAACAUCGUGGACCAGAACCGAGGAACCAACCCUUGGUCAAACCUCAUAGAUAUUCUAGAAGAGAAGAAUGGGGCGGACUCGGAGCUGCUUGUGUUUGCCAUGACGCUCAUCAACAAGCAAAUCCAAUUUUCAGGAAAACAGACGCUGGUGGCUCUCCCGGAUCAGGACUCCUUCUACGACGUAACGGACUGUCUGGAGCAGCAGGGGAUGGAGAAGCUCAUCCAGAGACACAUGAACAACAAGGGGACAGACCCGGACUUGAAGCAGCGGCUGGCUCUGUACGAGAGCGCUUUAAGACUAGAGGAUGACGACAACGAGGAGUCUUCCAGUGGUCCCCGCAAGGAUCGUAGGAAAAAUUCCCUGGGGGUAGAAGAGGUCCGCCGCUCAAGACGAUCCCUGGGCAACAGCGCGGAAGUAUGGGCAAAGAUGAACAAUACCACCACACCAGUAGUGCCCCCUAUUGAAAACAGCAUCAACCUGCAGAAUGCUGCUAAGCCGUGCACAGUGCAGAAGCCGACCGUGUGCAUUGUUCCACCUUCUCCUCCAAAACAGCCGCCAGCAGAAAGGACGCAGCCUCCAAGCUGUAACGUAGAACCGAAGGUGGAUCCGCCGCCUCCUGAAGUGACAACCCCGACCAAGCAGUCGAGCCCUGAGAGCAGUAACACACACAGCAGCUGCGCCAAUAUCUCCCUGUCCAAACCCUCGCCGGAGGUGGAAAAGGUGCCUGUAGUCACCGACCGGAGUAUCUUUAACGUGAACCAAACAGAGCCUGUUUGGGAGGACAAGAAUAAUCAUGUGUACGGGGACAAACCCAUCCUGAAAAAGUUCCAAAACCGAUUUCUGGAGAAUCUGGCUGCCACAGAGUUGGAAAAGAUGUCGGCUUUAUCCAAAGGCAGACAGGAUAUACUGGCAGAAGCGGUGCGCAAUGGGGACCCCGAUGAAGAAGAAGCUUCCCCAGAUCAGCGUGCAGACCAAGCCGGCAUGGAUGAUUUCAGCAGCCAGGAGGAGGGAAAAGGGGAUCUGAGUGAGAAGGAAGAAAAAAAUGACAGUGUGAAUGAGAAAGAACUGUGCUCUGGGUCCAGCGAUUCCUCGGCCAGCAGCACCUUGGAGAGAGAGGAGAAAGGAGACCGAGAGGAGCCUGAAUCCGAACCAGCAAGUCCUGGUAGCACGCCUCCUCCAGCUACUGACCGCAGCAGUUCCAAGAAGUUCAUGAUGGACAUGUUAUAUACCAAAAAACAGGAUGACGAUGACACAGAAAUUCUCAACGCAAAGAACACUGCUUCUACUGACCCGGGGAAGCCACCAAGAGAGAAGAGGUCUCCAGCAGCCAGAACGGAAAUCUACGAGCCUGAGACUUCUCCCACCAAAGUGCCCAUGGAAAACGGCUCAGACCCCCGGAAAGGUAUGCGGGCCCAGUACAGCAUAGAUGCUGAAACCAAUGCCAAGAACCUGGAGAAGACCCUCAUGACCCCCUUCAAAAAACCUGCCGAGACCUUGUGGGAGCAAACCCCACAACCCUCACAGAUGGAGCUGAAGAUUAAAGACUUAGAUUUCACAGACUUAUGUGAGGAGGAGGAUUUUGAUGUCCUGGAUUUCGAGGCCACAGAAACCAUUGCACCUUCCCGAUUGUCCAACGUAAAUCAUUCUUCUCCGUCGUCCAUUUCAGGGUUGCCCCUUCCACCUCCUCCUCCACCACCACCGUUUGGCAGUUGUCCUGGAUUUCCCGUCCCUCCACCUCCAUUGUGUCCCCCACCACCACCACCACUGGGAAGGAGUCCCCAUUUGCCACCACCUCCUCCGGCUCCCCCCAGCUUCAGCCCCCUCUCACAGGACUCCUUAAACACAACCUUAAAUAAGAAGAGGAAGACGGUGAAGCUGUUCUGGAAGGAGGUGAAGGAGACGGACUGCAACAGCCGGGGGAAGUUUGGGAAAGGCACUUUGUGGGAGUCACUGGACAAGAUCAAUGUGGACACCGAGAAACUUGAACAUCUUUUUGAAUCUAAAGCCAAAGAACUGAUUUCUUCCAAGAAAGGGGUUGAAGUGAAGAAGCAGGCUCUGGUCGUGUUGGACCCCAAGAGAAGCAACGCCAUCAAUAUCGGCCUCACUGUGCUCCCCACCGUCCACAUCAUCAAGACGGCCAUCUUAAACUUUGAUGAGUAUGCAAUCAGCAAAGAGGGGAUUGAGAAAAUCCUCACGAUGGUCCCGACAGAAGAGGAAAAGCAGAAGAUCCAGGAGGCUCAGAUCGCAAACCCUGAUGUCCCCUUAGGGUCGGCAGAGCAGUUCCUCCUCACCCUGUCCUCGAUCAGCGGCCUGACCUCCCGCCUACAACUCUGGGCCUUUAAGUUGGAUUAUGAGACUAUGGAGAAGGAAAUUGCGGAUCCGCUGUUUGACUUGAAGCUGGGAAUGGAGCAGCUGUCGAAGAACAAGACGUUCCGAGUGAUCCUGGCCUCGCUCCUGGCGGUUGGGAACUUCCUGAAUUGCUCGAGCGCCAAGGGCUUUGAUCUCAGUUACUUGGAGAAGGUCUCGGAGGUGAAGGACACUGUUCACAGACAGACACUACUCCACCACAUGUGUAACAUAGUGAUUGAGAAGUUCCCUGACACCUCUGACCUGUAUUCUGAAAUUGCAGCCAUCACCCGAUCGUCCAAGGUGGAUUUCGAUGAACUGGCGGACAGUCUGGUGCAGCUGGAGAAGCGAUGCCGGAAUUCGUGGGAGAGUCUUAAAGUCAUCGCCAAACACGAGACAAAACCAGGCUUAAAGAACAAAAUGACAGACUUCCUAAAGAGCAGCACCGACAAAAUCGUCAUCCUGAAAAUCGUACACCGGAGAAUUCUAAACCGAUUCCGGUCCUUUUUGCUCUAUCUGGGCUAUUCCUACUCAUCUGCCAGAGACAUGAAGAUAACGCGAUUCUGCCGAAUAAUCAGCGAGUUUGCUCUGGAAUACAGAACGGGGCGUGAGAGGGUGCUGCAGCAGAAACAGAAGAGAGCUGCGUACAGAGAACGGAACAAGACACGGGGGAGGAUGAUCACAGAGACCGCUAAGUUCUCCAGCGCUGCAACAACAGCGAUGACGACUGAUAAUAACAUCACCUUGUCCAGCAACAGGUUACAGAAUGAGUCAUCCGAGGGGGGGCAUGAAAAUAUGACCAACAUACUGAUCUCCUCCGGGGAGCCAAACACUCGCAGGAGCCGCGGAUUCAGAAGUUUGGGCCGUGCCAGCCCUCCAGACCUGUCGGGGAACAAAGAGGAGCAAGGAGGAUCCCCAGUGGAUGCUUCUGAUGAGAUCAUGGACCGACUGGUGCAGUCUGUAACCCAGAACCCAAACCCACGAGUAGUGGCCCCGAAGGAACGGAAGAGAUCAAGAGCCAAUAGGAAGUCUCUGAGAAGAACCCUAAAGAGCGGGCUGAGCGAUGACCUGGUCCAGGCGCUGGGACUCUCCAGAUCAUCGGAGAUGACAGUGUGAUUGACUCCUGCAUAGACUGCUUACACAGUCCGCUGCCCCCUGUGGUGGGAUACUGGACAAUGCAGUGAAUGGAGCAGAAAACGCCUUUGAAUGGGACUGCGCCGCGUUACUGUCCACUAUAACUGAGACUUAUCCCUGUGAAGGAAUCCUUGUUACAUUACAGGCCUUGUCCGUCCAUCCUCAAGGAGAUCUACUCCACUCACAGCAAUACUGUACAGCUGUAAUAAGGACAGAUACCUGGAGCCGGACGACCGCUCCGAUCACUGGCCGCUGGCACACUACGGAGCGGGCACGUUUCCCUCUCUGCUCAAAGGACUGCUCUGUGUGUCCCUCACCAGCAGUGACGGUAACAGUGCGGUAAUGUGUGUGGGCAUGCUGGCACUGUUACAUUGUGCAGCAGGUCUGGAUGACAUUUAAAACAUUACUUCUGCCCAUCCGGCUGCUGGAGACGUAGGGUUAACAAAAGUACCUUAGACCUCCUCCCUUCAGCACUCCAAGUGUUAACUCUACAAUUAUGUAUAUGAUAUAUGUAAAAGGUGGCGCCACCUAGUGGCUGAUAGUUUUGCACAUCCCAUUAUUCUUGAUUGAAUGUAAGGUUAUAGGCUGCAAUCAUGAAGUUUCCCCAGUAAUGGCUCCCGUCCCACAUUAUAUCAGCCAAGAAAGUGUUGGCGUAAAUUCUGGCGCUGCAAACUGCAAAAAUUGUCCGAGGACAGAUCACUGUCCCUCGCUCCACACAUUUCAUCCUUGUGUUUGCAAUUACAGCUUCUGUGCUAUUCCUGCUCGGAGCGUGAAAUAACACGUCUCUUGUGCGUUCUGCUGUCAGGCCGGGCAGAGGAGGUCAGGUCACGUCCUAUUUAUACCAGAUAAUGAUGGGUGGUGCUGCCAUUACAUGGGCAGCUGAGGCCGCCCAAAUCCUCCCUCCUAUACCACUGCUCAUUUUCCGUGCUGUGACUGGAUGAAUCAGCCUGGCUAAUAUAAACCCGCUCACCCGGCCCAGUAUAAUGAUCACCUCCUCCAGAACCACUGACAAAAGUUCUGCGCCCCUGCCCCCCGAGCUCAUGGCUUAUAUAGAGACCUAUAAACCACUGAUCCCGCUGCCCCCGUGGUUCUGACCUGUGUAUAAUGAAUGUGCGGCUGCUCUGCAAAAGAUGCACCAAGAAAGGGUUAAUCUUUUGGCACACAACGGCAUCUAGGGAACCCAUAAACUGGGCAGUCAAAUGUGGUAGGGGUAAGGGCCAUCAUGUGUGGGCCCAGACCUCGCGCCACAUUACUACUGCCGCAGUGCUAUAAUGUAUCCCCUUCCCCUGACCAUGUCCAGGGGGUACAAAGUUCACAACCCCCUCCGUCCACGGUUGUUUCCAAGUCUCCCAUAAUCCACCUGCCUGUUGCAUAAGUUAUAGCCCCCCUACAGGACAUCUCCUUACCACUCGUCAUGCCACGUGCUGCACAUAAGGGGUUAACGGACUAGGAAUCCUGGGUAACGUUUAUAUUUAAUGUAUUUUAACGUCGCCUUCAUAUUUAUUUUUUUAAGGGCUUUAGUCGGGAGAGUUUAGUGCCUUGGUCUGUGUAAAUGGCCGCUCCCCGGGAGGGGGGGGGGUCUUUUUAGUGUAGAUUUUUGUAAUGAAGUAAGUGGCUUCAGGUAAGUGCAGAGAUCACUCGUCACGCUGGGUCGUCUUCGAUGCACCCCUUCUGAACAGUAUUAUGACGUCAUCGCACCGCUGUCUGUAAAGUCACCGCAUAGGAAACGACCUGUAAAACAUCGUCUUCAAUAAAACUAAUUGCAAUUUUA